CAGCCUCGCAACUCGGUCGUGUCGCGUGAAUCCAGCCUCCGAGACAGCGUCGCGCUUGCUCAAGGAGCCUCUUCUGUUGCCCUGAGCAUGUCAUUGACCCGUUCAGCAAGCGGCCCAGCAGGCGGUCUAACCAUCAACACCGGCGCGGCCAACGCCUUCGGCGCCACCGCUUCGAAGCCUUCAGCUGCCGGCACUCUGUUCGGUUCAGCUGCGAAUACCCCCAACAACACCACGACAGCGCCAGCCGGAGCAAGCACCAUGUCGACGGCGGGAAGUCUCUUUGGCGGCGCGCAAAAGACGGGGACGGGUCUUUCCGGCGGAGCGGCAAGCACUACAGCUUCAACUGGUGGCGGCCUGUUUGGAAACACCCAAGCAGCGACUCCUGCGCCUGCAACGGGCGGUCUCUUUGGGACUGCCCCUGCGACGACCACGACCACAACAGGAGGCCUGUUUGGCAACACAGCUGCGAAGCCUGCGGCAACCGGAACUGGUCUCUUUGGCAACCCCGCCGCUGCAACACAACAGACCCCAGCUGGAGGUCUCUUGUCCGCGACCACCACAGCCACUUCACUAGGCACACCAACUCCUACGGGUCAGAAGCCAGCAGGAGGCGGUCUGUUUGGAAACACUGCUACUGCUCAGGCGGCACCCGCCACAGGCACGACGAGUCUCUUCGGUGGUCAGAAGCCAGCGGGAAGUGGUCUCUUUGGAGGUGCUGCACCCGCUCAGCAGACUACAACAGCACAAAACACAAGCACAUUCGGCCAGCCGGCGGCUCAGGUAUCGGCCGUCCAAAUCAACUACGACAACAUCCGCCAUCGCACACGCUUCGACGACUUGGCCAAGCCGGUACAAGAUGAGAUUGCGCUGCUGGACAAGGGCAUCCAGAGGGUGAUCAAGAUGCGGGACGAGAUUGGAGAGUUCAUGCCACAGCACGAAAAGGAUAUUGAACAGCUCGGUCGAGAUGUCAGCUUUGUCGAGUCCAAGUUCCGUAUCGUCGAUGCGGCCCUCAACAACGACGUCAACACCGUCAAGAAUCUGCAUGACCAGACACGGAAGAACGCGGCCGAUGCCCGGCUGUGCUUCCGCGGCGCCGACAACCUCAAGCUGCCGGCGCACUACCACCAGACGGGCCUCUUUGCCAGCCAGGCCCCGACGGCUAACUCGAACGGAGGCGACGCCGCGUCGACGCACGCAGAUGCGCAGGAUCUCAUCACCUACUUCAACCGCAUCUGCGACGACAUAGAAAAGUCAAAGGCCCGCCUCGAUGAGUACCGCGGCAGUAUCGAGCGUGAUAUGCCCGGCGUCGAGAACGGUCUGUACGAGCAGAUCCGCUCCCUGCGCGAUCGCAGCACCACGAGCAUCGUGGUGCAGGACAAGCUGAACGAGGUGCUGCUGGCGCUGCGGGAUACUGGUAAUGCCAUUAUUUACCAGGCUGGGCAGAUUGCCGACACGCGCGAGCGACUGUCUCGACUUCAAGCGGGUAUUGUGGACAGCGGAGUGUAUGGUUUGAGCAUGAAUGCCUGA